AGUCUAACAUCUUUAUUGGGGAAAAAAAGAUAUAAUUAUCAUGGAGGUACUUAAAGUAUAUGAACACGAGCAUCCACUAACGCUCGUUAAUUUGCAGGUACAUUAUGAAGAAGAAGUAAAAGAAGAAGAAGAAGAUGGUGAUGAUGAUGAUGAUGAUGAUGAUGAUGAUGAAAAAGAAGAGGAGGGUGGUGAUACAAUUAUAAAAGAUGGGUUUCAAGGUGUCACAUGUGGGUGGUGUGGUGAAGAAAUCAACAUGUACCACAAGUUCUACUACAAAUGUAUGGCAGAUUCAUCGUGUGAUUUUACACUUCACAAAUUUUGUGCUGAGUUGUCAACAACUUUGGAGACCACAUAUCACCCACAUCCUCUUAACAUGGUUAAGUCUUAUUUUAAUUGGUCAUGUCGUAUUUGUACAAGACAACACAAGCAUGGUGAACUUUUUUACUAUUGUGAUGAUGAAUGUCUAUUUUGGAUUGAUGUAAACUGUGCAGUGGAAGUAGGAAAAAGGAUCAUCCAUCAUCCGUGCCACCCACACUCACUAAUGUGUGCCAUCUCCCAACCCAUUUUGUGCUACUGCCAAGCCUGUGGGAAGGAACACAAAGGGAUCUUCUUUCUAUGCGCCACUUGUACCAACUUCACCAUACACAGUGAUUGUGCUUUCUUACCAGAAAAAUUGUUAAUUCAAGAGAAAACAGAUGGUGCUUUUCAUCAUACUCAUCCUCUCACCAUUUCAUAUUCCUUCCUCUUUAUAGAUCAACGAGCUAAACAUUAUCCUAGAUGCAGAGUAUGUGGUAGGGAUUUUAGUCAGAAUCAUUGGAUUUACAAAUGCGAUAAAUGUCUCUACUAUGCCCAUCUGGAUUGUGCAACAUCAAGAACAGAGCCAUUCAUGUCCAUCUUCUUGUCUCGUGGCCUUGGCAGAACCAACAAAAAUUAUGAAGAUGUUGACUAUCCUCAUCUUCUUCAUCUCCCGUUCCCUGAUGAAACAUACAGCCUACCAAAACACUUGUUCUUCCAACAAAAUGAUCACAAGGUAAACUUAAAACACACGAGUCAUCAACACCCUCUAGUUCUAGUGGAUCAGACACUUACAAGCAAUGGGCAAACCAACAAUUCUUCUCGGUUGUUAUUAAAGUGUCAUGACCCAAUGAAAAAGACCCAACUGCUAUGCAAUGGAUGUCUCAGACCAAUCAUGUCCUCCAUGCCUUUUUACAUUUGUGCUAAUGCUAAUGAUGAUGAGAUUCAGAUUCAGGGGGUUUGCAACAACUUUGCUCUCCAUGAGUGGUGCACUCGACUCCCCCCAAUAAUAGAAAGCCACCCGGCCCACCCACAACAUACCCUCCAUCUCAUUUACUCAAACAUCCCUGGUUGCUUUUUCAGUGUGUUUCAUUGUAAGGUUUGUCAUCUACCUUGCAACGGAUUUGCUUAUUGUUGUGUCGAAUGUGAAUAUUAUGUUGAUGUUACAUGUGGGAUUAUACCUAAACAAAUCACACAUGAAGCUCACCCCAAUCACCUUCUUUCACUAGUUCAAGUAAAAGGAAAUAUGUUUACUUGUCAUAUCUGUCUCAGAUACACUUGUAAGCAUGAAUUUUCAUUCCGUUGCGACACGUGCGAUAUUUAUAUACAUCCCAAUUGUGCUUUGUUAUUAGCCGAGACAGUCAGGCACAAGUAUGACAAGCAUCCAAUGCAACUAAGUUACCUCCCGAUUGAGAACCACAAGAGUGAAUACUUUUGUGAAAUAUGUGAGCAGGAAUUGAAUCCUCAUGAAUCUUUCUAUCAUUGUAAAGAUUGUGUUCAGUCCAUACAUACCGCUUGUGCUCCGUUAAUACUUCAUUGCGAGACACAUACCAGUGGAUAUUAUUGGAAUAGCAUCCAUUAUUUCAUCAAGGUAAAGUUCGGAGGCAUUCAUAACACUCAUGGUCACCCACACCCUCUCUCAUUUGCUCAAGGUAUUUUGCCGGAUGGAACAUGCAAAAUGUGUUAUUCCACAUUGCAGUACAACAUGAUCUUUAAAUGUCUUGAGUGUAAGUUUGCAAUUCAUUACAAAUGCUGUGAGAAAUACUAAGUUUAAAGUUUUAGGUUUCCCUUCCAUAUGUUUGAAACCAAAUAUGAUUUGUAAUUGUCAUUACUCUUUCUUUCUUGUAUUAUAUCUCUUUAAUUUCA